CAUCGACUAUAGGGUGGGUGCGGAUCGUGUACUCUAUUCGCAGCGGCAGGACUGGUGGAGACCUAUUGGGCCCGAUUGGGACACGGAGUCCAACCCCUGAGUCCGCAACAGAUGAUCGACUGCUAUCCCGACCCCGACCACAACGUGUGCGAAAGUGGCGCCGCCUUUGAGCCCAUUUACGACUAUGUGAGGGAUAAGGGACUCACAUCUUGGGACGAGUAUCCCUACCAGGCCAAGAAAAAUGGGUGCGAUAGGGACCGGGAGGGCCGGACUGUGGCCCGAAUAAACGGGUGGAAUUGGGUGGCGGGCGGUGGCGAUGAGGGGGCCCUUCAUUUGGCGGUUCAAGAUCACGGCCCGUCCGCUAUAGCCAUACACGCGUCCGACUCGUGGGCCAGUUAUCGUCAGGGCAUAUACGACGGCCCCUGCGAUGGGGACGUCAAUCACGCGGUACUUGUGGUGGGCUAUGGCUAUGAUAACGCCUGGGAUCAGAACUUUUGGAUCGUUAAGAACUCGUGGGGAGAGGGCUAUGGAGACCACGGAUACGUCUAUAUGCGUAAGGAUGGCGGCAAUAAGUGCAGGGUUGCCGAUCAUUGUGUCCAGGUGUCUUAAUACUAAUUAAGUUUGCUCAAUUAAGACAUAUUUUAUACUUUUUUAAUGUUGCAAAAAGUUUCAACAAUAAAAUAUGUUUUUUUUGAAUGAAAUCUAAUUGAGUAAUAAA